GUUACACCUUCAUCAUCAAGGAAUUGACAAAAUUGUACGUUCUAUUUUUUUUAAUUCUACGACUUACUUUCAAACGUUCUAAUUCGUAUUUUUAAUUAAAUAAAAGAGAAAAAAAAGUAUUAAUGAUGGCUCAUGAAGACAGUGGUUGGGUUUUUGAUUCGUUGGUGGGAUUUCUUCAAGGUCCAAUAUGGUCAGCACCUCUUUUAACAUUUAUUGAAGAAAGAUCUCUCAUUUUUGAAGCAGACUCACAAGAUAGUCAAGAGUAUCAUGAAGUUUAUCAAGAGUAUAAAAAUUUGGUUGACUUAUUAUUGGGUUGUUAUAUGGAAGAUAUGGGAAUUUCACCAGAACAAUUUGAACAUGCAUGUACAGUUAAUAAACAAACGAGAAUGCCUAUUCAUUUUCAGCAGUCUCUAUUCGAACAAAUUUGGGCAGCAAAUGAAUAUGAAAUAUUUAAACGAAUGAUGAUACAAAAGAAUUUAGAGUUGCAAUUACAAACACUUGAAAUGUUGGAACAAAAAUUUGGACUUACACCAGCAUCAUUGACUUACAAUACUGAAGGUAUUCCUGAUGAAGACCUUGCGAUGGAAGAAAUACUUAAUAAAAAAAUUCAAGAGUCCGAAGAAGAUGAUGAUAAUCUAGUAGAAACAGAAGCAGAUCUUGAAAAAGCACAUGAAAUUUUAUACAAUCAAUAUCAAAAUGAACGAGCUGUGUUGGAAGAAACGAUAAGAGCAUCAGCACAAUUACCUGAUCCACCAGCUGAAGCAGAAGAAUUGGUCCAUCGUCCAAUUGAAUCUUGUUCAAAGCUUGACAAAUUACCAUUGUUGAAACCAUCUAAAAUUCUAACGCCACUUGCUCCAAUACCUAAAGAAGAAGAUGAAAAGCUGGAUCUUCCAGAAGAAAAUAAACAAGAAAUAAAAGAAGAAAAUCAAGAAGAUAUAAAAAAAAGAGAGGGUUAUUUAAAAGCACGAAGAGAUAAAUUAGUAGCACUGAAAAAACAAGCUCGAAAUCAGCGAUUGGAGAUGACAAAGGCACGUCCAAGUUCAGCUAGAAAUGUUGCUGAAGCAACGAUGCAAGGUAAACAAGAUUUAGAAAAUCCUCAAGCAGCUGGUCCAUCUCUUCAAGUUCGAAAAGCUCUUGCAGAACGUCUCAGAGCUGAAGUUGUCAGGCAAUAAAAUUUUUUUAAAACCUUUUUUAACUAUAGAUUAAAUACAAACAAUAUGAAUAUUAAUAAUCAAAAAAUAAGUUAUUGGUAUUCACUCACGGUAGUCAAAAUUUCUUCUAAAUUUAAAUUUAUUCAAUUAAAUAUUUCCUCGCACUUCUACAUCACACUUUUACUCAUUAUAUAACACGCAUUCAUCAUUUCACUCUCUAUAUUUCAUUGCCAAAUUUAUGGAGAGCAUUAGAUUAUUAUCAUAAAAUGACCCACAUUUCAUUUGUAUCAAUUGAAUUCAUUCAUUUAUUACUUUGUUUUCUUUUUUUUUUUACUUAAUUAUUUAAAUUUAUUCUUAAUUGUUUAUUUUAAUAUUAUCUUACCAAACUACUAAAAAUGUUCAUUUGAACUUGAUCAAUUAUUUACAAUCUCACGCUGUUAUGAUAGACCAAAAUUAAUAAUUAAGCAAAUAUUUAUUAUAAAUAAAAAUGAUAAUAAUUCUGCUUAACUUUACUUCAACGUAAAAUUUUAAUUUAUCAUUUCAUUUUUAUAAUCAACAGAUUAAAUUUUUUUUUAUUUCUUAUAAUAAUUAUUAUUUUCAAUUUGUCUACGAAUUCUCGUUGCUUCUAUGAAUUUUGUAAAAAUAAAAUGCAAGAUAUUUUUUAUUAUUUUAAUAUUAGUAUUAUUAUUAUUAUUAUUAUUAUUAUUUUUUUUUUUUUUUUCAAUUUAACUUUAUGGUCCUAUCGCCACUUGAUGUACUCUCGAUAAUUUUAUAUAGUUGGGUUGUAUACAAAGGUCACGAAUUGUUUAUUUUUCUUCUAUAAAAAAUUUUUGUAUACUGCAUAUUUGUUUAAAAAAAAAAAAAAAAAAAAAAUAUAAA